GAGCACCGGACCCAAAGACCGGCAACCAAGCUUUACACAUCGCAGUGCAGAACGGCCACCGAGAGUUGACAGAGCUCUUGAUUGCUUGGAAAGCAGAUGUUACGGCGCAAAAUUUCAAGGGGCAGACGCCCCUCCACAUGAGCGUUGAGUAUGACUUCUAUUUCAUUUCCAAGCUGCUUCUGGAGAAGGGUGCCAAGAGUGAGGUGGAAAAUUCAGACGGUUGUCAAGCGAUCUUGGGCAUCAGUGGCAGCAAAGAGGGUGCAGAGGCAUGGGAUGCUCCGAUAAACAUCCUCAAGAAUGCCGCCAACAAGGAGGAAGUCGAACUGGCGUACAAAGCCCUGGGGGCUGCAGAUCCCACGAGCCUGGACAAAGCAAGCCUCGCUCGGAUUGGGAUGCUGAAGGCAAAGGAAAUGCCGGACGUCUGGGACAAGGGGAGAUUCGUCGAGCUUCUCAACAAGGACUGUCGGAGCUUCCAAGCUGUGAAGUCUGUGGCAAAGCUCUUGUCUAUCUGGCAGGGCAACUUGGGGCAUCUGAGCCGACGGUUGCUGGCCUUUAUGUGGCUAUUUCACUGCGGCUGCGACUGCAGAGUUGGCUUCAGUGGCUUGGCAACGCGCAUCGAGGAAGAAAGAGCCUCGGCAUUGUUGCUCGUCACUGGUGAGAUUGACGUGAUGGCCCGAACCAAGCUUGCAACCGUCUGUGUCGUCCUGGCGUUUUGCACCGCCUUGCGCAGCCUUGCCUUCGUCGGUGCUCCUGCUCCGGCUCCUGAGACACCAAGCCAGCUUCGUGGCACUGCCAUCGAGGCGGCAAGCGCCACAGUGCCGGCGAUUCUCUUGACCCCGGCGGCGGCAUCAGCAGCAGACGGAGAGGGCGUGCUGGGAGUCGGUGUUCUUUGCGCACUAGCAGCCUUCAGCGUCGUCUCCAGUGUCAUCAGCGCAACGAUCACCUCCGAGCUCGACUGA